AUGGGCUAUCUAUUCUACUCAAUAACCUUCCUCUUCCUCGUCACCGCAACCGCACUCUACCUAACCAAACACCUCUGGAUCUCCCACGCGCCCCCAAUCCCCUACCUCACAGCCCCCGGCCACAUCCCCGAACCACUCUGGCGACUUUCCCAAUCCCUACAACGACUAAACCCAUUCGCCCAAAAUGCCUACAUCAGUCUCGGUCAAAACAGCUUCGAAGACGACAUGGAAGCCGGCUUCAGCAGUGCGAAUUUCGACCUGAGGGAAAAUGUCGAAGGUGGGGAUAGUAGGCAAGGGUUAGAUGAGCAAGGGAAAGCAAGAGUCAAGGCGGUUAUGAAGAGUAGGGGUUGUGGGUUUGAUGAGGCUAGGAGGAUAGUGAUGGAGGAGAGAUUUGGGAGGGAGAAUAUUGGGAAGGACGGUAGACCUAGGGAUCCAAAGGCUGUCAUGUUUGAUCGUCUGUGA